AUUACCUAUAACCAUUAAGAUUGCUAUAUUAUACUCUAGUAAUCACAUGUUAAAAUAAAAAUAAAAAAACUUAUUUUCCCUCUGAAUCAUUAAAAAAAGUAGAGAAAAUAACAAAGAAGUCCUAAAAGUUUGUUUUUUAUUGGUCGGAAAUGGCAGGCCUUUCUCCAAAUCGUCACUGCGAACGUCAUAACAACUAUUCCGCCCAUCCUUUAUACACGAUCCUUCUGCGUCCUCAACAUGAAUGUCUCAAAAUUUGAGCAACCAGAGCCAUUUGCACAGAGAAGUUACAGCCAAUACACCAUCAUGGUCCGGCCCCACUUCCUCCUCAUAACAUUUCCGGCCCAGGGCCAUAUCAAUCCUGGCCUCCAAUUCGCCAAGCGCCUCAUUCGCUUGGGGGCGCACGUCACCUUCGUCACCAGCGUCGCCGCCCGCCGCCUCAUGGCCAAAAUCCCUGAUCCCGACGGCUUGUCCUUCUCCACCUUUUCCGACGGCUACGACGACGGCUUUAAAGAUGGUGACGACGCCGGCAACUACAACUCCGAGAUCAAGCGCCGUGGCUCCCAAGCUCUCACUGAUCUUGUCGUGUCCAGCGCUAACGAGGGUCGCCCAUUUACAGGCUUGGUCUACACCAUCUUCCUCCCUUGGGCUGGGUACGUGGCGAGUGUACUUCACCUCCCAUCGGCGGUUAUUUGGAUUCAACCCGCCAUGGUUUUGGACAUAUACUACUACUUCUUCAAUGGUUAUGGUGAUGUCAUCAGGAACAGCAGCAAUGACCCCUCCUGUCCGAUACAAUUACCGGGACUACCAUUGCUCACUAGCCGUGACCUGCCGUCCUUCUUACUUGCUUCAAAUACGUAUACUUCUAUGUUUCAAGAGCAACUUGAAGCGCUUGAAAAAGAAAGCAAGCCGAUAAUACUAGUGAACACCUUUGAUGCGCUGGAGCACGAGGCGUUAAGAGCGAUCGAAAAGUUCAAUUUGAUUGGAAUUGGGCCGCUAACGCCGUCUGCUUUUUUGGAUGGAAAAGAUCCAUCCGACACUUCUUUUGGAGGAGAUCUUUUCCAAAGCUCCAAGGACUACAUCGAAUGGCUCAACUCCAAGUCCAAAUCAUCCGUUGUAUACGUGUCGUUCGGGAGCAUAUUGGUGUUAUCCAAGCAACAAAUGGAGGAAAUUGCACGUGGAUUGUUGGAGUCUGGCCGCCCCUUCUUGUGGGUCAUAAGAGAUAAGCAAAACGGAGAAGAAGAGAAGGAAGAAGAUAUAUUGAGUUGCAUGGAGGAAUUGGAAGAAAAGGGAAAAAUCGUGCCAUGGUGCUCUCAAUUUGAGGUUUUGUCACAUCCUUCGUUGGGAUGUUUUGUGACACAUUGCGGGUGGAAUUCAACUUUGGAGAGCUUAACUUGUGGGGUGCCAAUGGUUGCGUUCCCCCAAUGGUCAGAUCAAGGGACAAACGCGAAGUUGAUCGAAGACGUGUGGAAAACGGGAGUGAGGGUGACUGCAAAUGAGGAUGGAAUUGUGGGAGGUGAUGAGAUCAAGAGAUGCUUGGAAUUGAUUCUAGGAGGAGGGAGAGGGGAAGAUAUUAGAAGGAAUGCUAUGAAAUGGAAGGCUUUGGCUACGGAGGCUGCCAAGGAAGGCGGUUCUUCAUAUAACAAUCUUAAAGCUUUUGUCGAUGAGAUUGCACAAGGUGGUUGUUAAAAAUAAUACAUUUCUUUCUAACAGUGUAUUCGAAGUUGAUUUAA